CCGAAAAAAGAAAAAAGUAUUUUUGCUGUGCAAAAAAUGGGAAAUAGAAACAAAGAAAUAUAAAUUGCUCUCGUAGACUAGACUAGAGUUGGUUGGUACCAAAUUGACGGGCGACGCCUGUCUUCCCUGCAACUCCACCCCCACAUCAACACUCCUCAAAACCUUCCCUAAAACCCCAAAACACAAACCCAAGAUGGCCUCACUGCUCCACUCACCGCCUCUCUCCUCUCGCACUCUCCUUCCUCCAUACUCAUCUCCCUCUCCCUCAUUCCCAACACGCUUCAGGUGUAGUGUGGGGGAGCCUCUGAAAUACGCGAAUGGGAAGCCGAGCAUUCCCCUCCUCCGCAGCGAUGAGAUGGUCCCUAAUUUCCUCACCAGACAUGCGCUCACUACAGCUACCAAGGAUGACACCAGGCUCCGCAUAUUCUCCGGUACCGCUAAUCCGUCCCUCUCUCAGGAAAUUGCAUGCUACAUGGGUCUUGAACUUGGAAAGAUUAAGAUAAAGCGCUUUGCUGAUGGAGAGAUAUAUGUUCAGUUGCAAGAAAGUGUCAGAGGGUGUGAUGUAUAUCUCGUGCAACCGACAUGUCCUCCUGCAAAUGAGAAUCUAAUGGAGCUUCUAAUAAUGAUUGAUGCAUGUCGAAGGGCGUCAGCCAAGAACAUUACUGCUGUGAUUCCAUAUUUUGGAUAUGCCAGGGCUGACAGAAAGACUCAAGGGCGUGAAUCUAUUGCUGCCAAACUUGUUGCAAAUUUGAUCACCGAAGCUGGUGCAAAUCGUGUUCUUGCGUGUGAUCUUCAUUCCGGUCAAUCGAUGGGAUACUUUGAUAUUCCUGUGGAUCAUGUAUAUGGUCAGCCUGUGAUACUUGAUUACCUCGCCAGCAAGACUAUCUGUUCUGAUGAUUUGGUAGUGGUCUCACCAGAUGUUGGGGGUGUUGCUCGAGCCCGUGCUUUUGCAAAAAAGUUAUCUGAUGCUCCUUUGGCAAUUGUUGAUAAAAGGCGUCAUGGGCACAAUGUGGCAGAGGUGAUGAAUUUGAUAGGUGACGUGAAGGGAAAAGUAGCCGUCAUGGUUGAUGACAUGAUUGAUACAGCCGGGACUAUUUCUAAAGGUGCAGAAUUACUACAUCAAGAGGGGGCCAGGGAAGUCUAUGCGUGCAGUACACAUGCUGUUUUUAGUCCUCCUGCUAUAGAGAGGCUGUCAAGCGGUUUGUUCCAAGAGGUGAUCAUAACAAAUACUAUUCCAGUAUCUGAGCAGAACUAUUUUCCCCAGCUAACUGUCCUGUCAGUUGCAAAUCUUCUGGGAGAGACCAUAUGGCGUGUACAUGAUGACUGUUCUGGUGGCUUUGAACCCUAUUCCACCUUGGGCAUUGAUUGAUCAAUUCAUGUUCGCCAUCUCCCCUCCAGCUUCCGUUACUGUUGCAGAGCUACCUUCCCAGCGCAUGUUUGUUAAUAGCAAAACUAAUUUUUUCAUUGAGGAACAGCAUAGCUUCAUUGUUUGUUUGAUGUUGGGUGUUUUUUUCCCUCAAAACUAUGCACAAUCUAAAUUUGAUGUGGUCAAAAGUAGUGGUGUACUAUAGUGUAUCAUAAACAGCACAGUUGGUAUUCUGAUUUUCCAAUUUCCCUAGU